AUGAACAACUUUCACAACGUAAAUAAUCUGAAUAAUCUAGCACAACAAAAGCUUCAGUCUAAUAGAGUAAAAAUUUCUAUUAGAAAUUGGUCAAAUGCUCCCUUACAAGAUCUAUUAAAUUUCAUUAGUCGUAAUAUUAGAUUGACAAUCAUGAAUGUCACCACAGAAGGUCCAUUAAUGGUGGGUUAUGUGAAUAACAUGAACGAUGCAAAGAAUUUGAAGAGGUUUGACGGUUCCAAGUUUGCUGGUAAUAACCUCAAAAUUGAAAUUUUAGAUGGUGACAAUAAUUCGACAUCGAGUACUGUGAACCUUCUGAAAUCUUUUCUGUAUAAAAGAUAUGAUCCAAAUACAAAGAUGCUUGAUUUAUCGAAUCUUCAAGAUGAUCCAGCUUUGGUUUCAAGUGGGUUGUUCAACUCUGUAUCUACAAAAUCCAGAUCUUUCCCAGCUAUGAUGAAAAUUGCUUCAAAAGAAAAUGCUAUGAUUGUGGAAAGUGUAAAUUUAGCUGAAAAUAACCUAAGGGACCUGAACUUUGUCUCUUCACUGGCCCAAACAUACCCAAAGUUGAAGAAUCUUUGUUUAGCCAACAAUCAAAUCAAUAAGCUCAGGGCAAUGGAAGUCUGGAAAAAUAAAUUUAAACACCUAAGAGAGCUGUUAAUGAUUAACAAUCCAAUAACCCAGGAGAAGCUCUACAAAUCUGAGAUGCUCAAUGUGUUUCCAAGGUUGGUAGUACUUGAUAACGUUGUUGUCAGGGAUGAGGCAAAACUAACUUCCAUAUACAACUUACCCAUGCAGAAACAGCAAUUUUUCUUUGAAGAUAAUAGCUUAGGCUCUUCAUCCACGGAUUUUAUUACAAACUUUCUGAAUUUGUGGGAUUUUAACAGAUCACAACUGCUGGGCUUGUAUACCCCUCAGUCACAAUUUUCUGUUUCCAUAGAUUCCUCAUUACCUACCAAUAGCGUAAAAGUCUCUGAUCAAACUCCAUCCUUUGGCUACUACCUUCCAAACUCUCGUAAUAUUACAAAAAUAUCUACUCCAAAAUUAAUACAAGAAAGGCUAUGUCAAGAUCAGAAUCAAAUAAUGAAUGCCUUUAAUUCACUUCCAAAGACAAAGCAUGAGCUCUUAGAGAACCCAAGUGCAUAUUCGAUGGAGACUGUGUCACUACCACUAUUGAAUGGAUUUAUAAUUACUCUGCAUGGUUACUUUGCUGAAAUCGAGAAGCCUGAACUUGAAAAUAAGAAACCUACGUCGGGAAAAGCCAGGAGAUUUAACACUGGAUAUAGCUCCAACAAUAAUAAGAAGUUAUCAAAAAAAUCAUUCGAUAGAACCUGGGUUAUUGUCCCAGUUGGUGACUCUGUAGUAAUUGCAUCUGAUUUAUUAACGAUAAGACCCUAUGCAUUUGGAUCCUGGGAAAUUUCCGGAUCUGCCAAGACACUUCAACUCCCACCAGAAAUCCAAGCCAAGCUAAAUACGGAACAGCUACUACUUUUAGAGAAACUGCAUUCAGAGACAAAACUGACUGCAGAAUAUACAUACAUGCUAGCAGAACAGAGUAAGUGGGAAUACAACAUGGCCGUAGCGACAUUUCAAAAUAAUGCCAACAAUUUACCGCCAAAUGCAUUUGUUUAA